CUUUUCCUCCAUAGAGACUUGAGUGCUCAAUUCCUCCCAUAGAUUGUCUGUCAUUUCUUGACAUCCUCACAAGUUCAUAACAAAAUGGCUUCUCGAGGAAGACUCCAAGGCAAGAAUGCCAUCAUCACUGGUGCCGCAGGUGGCAUCGGUCUCGAAACCAGUAUCCUUUUCGCUCGCGAAGGGGCCAACGUCCUGAUGGCGGAUAUUUCCGCACCGGCUCUCGAGAAAGCCCUCGCCAAAGUGAAGGAAGUCUGCGAUGUCUCCAAGGAGUCUGAAGUGCAGGCCAUGGUCGAGUCUCAGGAUAGCUGGGGUGGAACGGACGUGAUCUUCAACAACGCGGGGAUCAUGCACGCUGAUGACGCUGAUGCGGUCGAUACACCAGAGAAGAUCUGGGAUCUGACACAGAACAUCAACGUCAAGGGUGUCUGGUUUGGCUGCAAGCAUGCGGUGCUGAGUCUGCGUCGUCACAAGAAGAACAGGGGUAGCAUUAUCAACACAGCGAGUGUGGUUGCUCUGGUGGGAAGCGCCACGCCCCAGCUGGCCUACACUGCCAGCAAGGGAGCUGUUCUUGCCUUGACUCGGGAGUUGGCGAUUGUCCAUGCUCGUGAGGGUUUCCGGUUCAAUGCUCUGUGCCCUGCUCCGCUCAACACUCCUCUUCUGCAAGACUGGCUGGGUGAUGAUCAGCCCAAGCGUCACCGUCGCGAGAUUCACUUCCCCACAGGCCGCUUCGGCGAGGCCAUUGAACAGGCCCAUGCGGUCGUGUUCCUUGCCAGCGACGAAAGCAGUUUCGUCAAUGGAAGCGAUUUUGUCGUAGAUGGAGGCAUGACCAAGGCAUACGUUACCCCUGAAGGCCCCGCGACUGCUGCUCCUAAGAACCUUGGCCAUUGAUCUCAUCUCGAGUAGCUAUCAGUUCACAUGCCAUCGAAUAUACCAUUGAGCCUAAUCAGCAUCCCUGUUGCAACAUGAGAUCCGCCAGAAGUAGUAUACACCUCAUUCAAAAGGCAAAUAACUCCAACCGCUACAGCCAUGUCUUCCAUCCCUUCGCGCUGAAACACCAAAUCUCCUUCUGUAUCACCACUCGCAGGCCGCAAAAAAAGAUCCUCAAAUUUGAUUCUCAGCGUAUCCCAAGCAACAACCAACCCCUCCUCAUCUCCAGAAAUACCAACCUCCUGCUCCUUGAUCGAAGAUCCGCCCUCUGCGCCCAGUUCUCAAUUACAACCCUCCGCGCCGUCCUACUCACCCCAAC